AUGUCGGGGCUCGCAGCGCUAGUACGGAAAACUGGAGAUUAUGUGAAGACCCAGGAGUUCCGGGAUUACAUAACCAGCACCCACUUCUGGGGUCCUGUGGCCAACUGGGGCCUUCCGUUGGCCGCCUUCAAGGAUAUGAAGGCUCCUCCCGACAUCAUCAGUGGCCGCAUGACGACGGCGCUCAUGUUCUACUCCAUGGCUUUCAUGCGCUUUGCCUACCGGGUCCAGCCUCGAAAUUACCUGCUAAUGGCGUGCCAUUUCACCAACGUGGUGGCCCAGAGCAUGCAGGCCAGCCGCUAUGUGAUGCACCACUACGGUGGUGGGGUCAAGGCCAGAAACCCUCCGGCCAAAUAA